GAUAGUACUGCACUCUUGGCACGCUAGUCACUUGGGAUAUGCAUCGCUGCAGUUCGCUGGCACCAGCGCACGCAGGCUUCCAAAACGCCAACCGGACGGGCUCAACGUAGCGUGAACAUUUACAUUGGCCACUCAAAUCUUAUUUCACAGAUGUUACUGAUGUAUGCACAUUAGGCUAGGGCCUUCGCUCGUGCAAAAGGCGCCCAUUCGAGCUCCAAUCUCGUUCUUGGGCCUUUCCGCUAAGAAUGCAGCUCGUCACAAAUGCUCGUGACUGGCUUCGCUCGGUGCAAACCCACCGUGGCACGCAAAUGGUGGUUGCUGGGGUGCUCUCCUCGUUAAUCGGCUUCACGCUCCAGUUCACAAAGCUCGCAGCCCUGGACAGCAGCAGUCGGCAGUAUGCUCGCGACUCGUACGCCGGCAAGGUCAGUUUUCUUGCGGUGUUCGGUGUGAGCAAGGCCUUCUCAAACCUGUCAGUGGCGCUGCUGUCGAGGCUGGUGGGGUAUAAGCUGACGGAGCUGGCCGGCUGGGUGGUGGCGCUGGCCGUGAUGCCGCCGCUGUUCGCGGGGCCGGGCGCGGCGGGCGCCGGCAGCGGCUGGGCGGCGGUGGUGGGCGCCUGCGUGGUGCUGGGCGUGCAGCAGGGCCUGUGCUGGUCCGUCACCGUCCUGGCGCUCAUCCUGCUCAUGCCGGGCAGCCGCAGCGGGCUGGCCUCGGGACUGAACGAGACACUGGGCUACGUGGCCGUGGCGGCGGCGGCGCCAGUGUACGGCCUACUGGAGCCGCUGGCCGUGUCGUGCGGCUGGGUCGUACCGCUGACCGACCUGUCGCCCGCCUGCCGUACAGCCGCCGAGGCGGCGGCGGCAGCUGCUGCCGCCGCCGCCACUGCUACAGCCGCCGGCCUCAACGGCACUGGGCUACUGCCGGCGGGUGGUGGCGCUGGCGGCGCUGGCGGCGGCGGCGCCGCCGCCGCCAUCACAGAGCAGCUUUUGUCGGCUACCUGCACCACCGCUGACAACUGGCAGUCGGCAUGUGUGGGCGAGUGUGUGUGCCACGGCUACAACCGCCUGGCCUCCAACGCGCUGCUGCUGCUACUGCCGAUGGGGCUGCUGCUGACGGCGGUGCUGAUGGGCGAGCCGGCGGCGGCUGUAGCGGCCGCGGUGGCGGCGGCGGCCGGGCGGCGGCGGACGGAGGCGCAGGCGGAGGCGGGAGAGGGGGCGGGGGCGGGGCCGCGAGGCAAGGCGGGCGGCGUGGAGUUGAAGUCAUUCGGGUGGAAAGGCCGGCUAAGCGGCGGCGGCGGCGGUACCGGCGGCAGUAGCAGCACGGAGGCAGCCGACGGCGUGCGCUACGCGCGUGUGCGCGGUGACGAGUGUCCACAGCCGGGCAUAGCAGCCGGCGGCGGCGGCGGCAGUAGCACUCUCAACGGGCACGGAGACGCCGGCGGCGGCAGUAGCAACGGCGGCGGCCCUCAGCCGAUGCUACAGCCGGUGCUGCUGCCGGUGUCAACGCCGCCGGCUGUCAUCUACCGCCGUCAGCAGUUGGCGGAGCCGGGGGAGGAGAAGGAGGGGCGUGAGGAUUCGGGUGCGGAGCGGCAAGGGCUGCUGUCGGGGCCGGGGCUAGGGUUGGCGGCGGCUGGAAGCGUGUUUGGCGGCGGCGGCGGCGGCGGCGGCAGUUGGUUGUCCCGUCUGGCGCGGCGCUGCAGCCUGUCCGAGGUGCUCUACUACUCCUGGACCAACCCCUCCACCUCCGUCAUGUGCGCCGCCGGACUGCUGUCCAACGCCCUCACCAGCCUGGCCUGGGGGCUGCUGCUGGCAUGGGCGCGAGACGACCCCGCGCUGCGCGUGCCCGGCCCCGGCCGCAACCUGCUGGCCUCCGCCUACUCCUUCCUCAAGGGUCUGACUCAGCUGCUGUCGGGCGGCGUGUCGGAUGCGGCGGGUGUGGGCCGCGGCGCGCCCGUGGUGCUGGGCCUGCUGCUGAACGCGGCGGGGCUGCUGACGGCGGCGUGUGGCGCGGGCUGGGGCGGCGCGCUGCUGGCGCUGAGUGGCGUGUCGCAGGGCAGCAGCCCGCAGGAGGUGGAGGCGCGGCGAUCCACUGCGUACGGCUACCUCAUGCUCGCUAGCUGCCUCAUGGGGGCGGGCGCAGGUGUGUUUUACCCCGUCAUGCCGGCGGCAAUGGCCGACCACGCGCGGGACUGGGCGCAGCGGCAGCGGCGGGAUGGCGGCGGCGGCGACGGAGAUGGUGACGGGGGCGACGGCGCCUCGCCCGAGUCGCAAGGGCUGCUGGCUGCCGCGUCCGACGCCGUGCCGCCGCCCACCACCACCACCACCGGCACCCACCACCGCCACCCGCUCCCCCACCCGCAGCAGGCCGGCGCCCGCCGCCACCCGCCGGCCUCGGCCUCGUCAAGCCACGCGCUUGCCGUGGCCAUGUCGGCAUUCCGCUUCUGGCGCGACCUGGGCUAUGCAGUGGGGUCACUGGGCGGGCCCGCGGCGGACGCGUUGGGGGUCGAGGCGACACUUCUGGCGGCGGCGGGGCUGUGCCUGGGUAUGGCAGGUGCGGUGGGGUGGCGCUAUGAGGAGGUGGCGCCGGCGCCGGGCGACGGCGACAGCGGCGGCAGCCACAGCGCGUGGCACUGAUCGCUGCUGGGCCAGGGAGCGGCGGGGAACGCGCGAGCGCUGGUUUGAGGGAGAUAGGCGGCAGUAGUGCUUGGGAGGAGGUGUUGGUGCUGGUGGGGCGGGAGCGUUUGGCGCUGCAUUGUGCGUUGUAACGUGGGGGCACGCAUCCCGUUUCACACGAUCAUGCAUUACGAUUCAUGCAUGAGCGCGCGCGUGCCUCCGGCGGCAGCAUACAUCAGCAGCAGUGUGUACCGUAAUAGCGGCGCGAGGCAGCAGGGAGACCAAGCCUGCUUGCCCUUCAAGUCCCAUUCCAUGGCGGUAUGAGAGCGAGGCAGCGGUGUGGGUAUGUAGGUGGUGCUGCUGUUUCCAGAGCUUGUGUGUGAUGCGCACGUGCGGAUCACACGCACGGUGUUUGACGACGAUGACGCCCGCGGCCUGAGAGCUCGAUGUGUGCGUGCGUGACGGUGGCGACGAGUGUGAUCGGGUUGACACGGAGGUGGUUGUGCACGCUUGUGCGCAUUUACGGCAUGCACGUUGCACUGGCACAUGCAAUAGCCCCGCCGCCGGCGAUUCAGAUUACUCCAGAGCCGUGGCGGGCGGCCUUCGGAAGCACCCUUGGACUC